CGGUGCCCUCCCCUCUUCCCUCCACUCCUCCCUCCUCCCUCCCUCCCUCCUUCGCGCCUGGUGCCCAGAGCCGCUCUCAGCCCAGGGCGGUGGCUUCAACACGCCCCGAAAAGCUGCUCUCGGUGGCCGCUCCCUCUUCCCUCCUCUUUGCGUCAUGUUGGGCACUUGAUAGUCCGCCCCCCCACUUUUUUUUUUUUUUUUUAAAUUAAAUUCGUGCUUUAGCCUUUCCCACCUUCCAUCUCUCCCUUCGUCUCCCAGGUUGAUUUUUUCCCCUUUUCUUUGGGCUUGCCCAUGAGCCUCCUCGGGAGCUACCGGAAAAAGGCCAGCAACGAUGGUUAUGAAUCCUUGCAGCUGGUGGACAGUAACGGGGACAUAAGUGCUGGGAGCGGCGGGGGUGGCGGCAAGCAGAGAGUCAAUGCCGGGGCGGCGGCGACGGCGGCAGCGCGGAGUCCCGCCCGGCAGCCUCUGGACCGCGCCAGCACCAUGGACAGCUCAGGUGCUUCAUCUCCAGACAUGGAGCCCAGCUAUGGAGGAGGUCUCUUUGACAUGGUGAAAGGAGGUGCAGGGAGGCUCUUUAGUAACCUCAAGGACAACUUGAAAGAUACUCUCAAAGACACAUCUUCUAGAGUUAUACAAUCUGUUACCAGCUACACGAAGGGGGAUUUAGACUUCACUUAUGUUACCUCCAGAAUUAUUGUGAUGUCCUUUCCUCUGGACAGUGUUGACAUAGGAUUCAGGAAUCAGGUUGAUGACAUUCGAAGCUUCUUGGAUUCCCGACAUCUUGACCACUACACAGUAUACAAUCUGUCACCCAAGUCUUAUAGAACUGCCAAGUUUCACAGCAGGGUCUCAGAAUGCAGUUGGCCCAUCAGGCAGGCCCCCAGUCUGCACAACCUUUUUGCUGUGUGUCGGAAUAUGUAUAACUGGCUACUACAGAAUCCCAAAAAUGUUUGUGUUGUCCACUGCUUGGAUGGACGGGCAGCAUCGUCAAUUCUGGUUGGUGCUAUGUUCAUUUUCUGUAAUCUCUACUCUACUCCUGGCCCAGCUAUUCGAUUACUAUAUGCAAAGCGACCAGGCAUUGGACUGUCACCAUCCCACAGGAGAUACCUAGGCUAUAUGUGUGACUUACUAGCGGACAAACCCUAUCGCCCUCACUUCAAGCCUCUCACCAUUAAGUCAAUCACUGUCAGUCCAAUCCCUUUUUUUAACAAACAGAGAAAUGGAUGUCGCCCUUACUGUGAUGUACUUAUUGGAGAAACAAAAAUAUACACAACAUGCACAGAUUUUGAGCGAAUGAAAGAAUAUCGUGUCCAAGAUGGAAAAAUCUUCAUUCCUUUGAACAUCACUGUGCAAGGAGAUGUGGUUGUUUCCAUGUAUCACUUGAGGUCAACCAUUGGGAGCCGGCUACAGGCUAAGGUGACCAACACUCAGAUAUUCCAGCUUCAGUUUCAUACUGGGUUCAUACCACUGGAGACAACAGUUUUGAAGUUCACCAAGCCAGAGUUGGAUGCAUGUGAUGUACCAGAAAAAUAUCCUCAGCUAUUUCAGGUCACUUUGGAUGUAGAACUACAGCCUCAUGAUAAAGUCAUAGACUUAACCCCACCCUGGGAACACUACUGCACAAAAGAUGUCAAUCCCAGCAUCCUCUUCUCUUCACACCAGGAACAUCAGGAUACUUUGGCCUUAGGAGGGCAGGCUCCAAUAGAUAUUCCUCCAGACAACCCCAGGCACUUUGGGCAAAGUGGUUUCUUUUCUUCUCUCUGUUGGCAAGACCAGAGAUCUGAGAAGUCAUUCUGUGAGGAGGAUCACGCUGCCCUAGUGAACCAGGAAAGCGAGCAGUCGGACGAUGAGCUUCUGACCCUUUCCAGUCCUCAUGGAAACGCCAGUGGUGACAAGCAUCAUGGAGCCAAGAAACCCAGCAAAAAGCAGCCGGAGCCAGCUCCCCCUCCACCCCCCGAGGAGGUGGACCUUCUGGGCCUAGAAGGUUCGGCAGUGAGUAAGAACUUCUCUCCACCGGCAGCUCCACCCUCCAAUUCUGAACUGCUGAGUGACCUGUUUGGGGGCGGAGGUGCAGCUGGCCCUGCCCAGGUUGGACAGUCGGGGGUGGAGGAUGUGUUCCAUCCAAGUGGGCCUGCAUCCACCCAGUCAACACCACGAAGGUCUGCCACCUCCACCUCUGCAUCUCCAACCCUAAGAGUGGGAGAAGGUGCCGCCUUUGACCCAUUUGGAGUACCAUCUAAACCUUCAGGGCAAGAUUUGCUGGGUUCUUUUCUAAACACAUCAAGUGCUUCCAGUGACCCCUUUCUUCAGCCAACGAGAAGUCCUUCACCUACAGUGCAUGCCUCCAGUACACCUGCUGUGAAUAUUCAGCCAGAUGUUUCAGGAGGUUGGGACUGGCAUGCUAAAUCAGGAGGCUUUGGAAUGGGAAGCAAGUCAGCUGCCACCAGCCCCACAGGAUCUUCACACGGCACUCCCACCCACCAGACCAAACCGCAGACUCUGGAUCCUUUUGCUGACCUUGGGACACUAGGUAGUUCUUCAUUUGCCAGCAAACCUACCACACCAACUGGAUUGGGUGGAGGAUUUCCACCUCUCAGCUCACCGCAGAAAGCAUCUCCCCAGCCUAUGGGUGGAGGGUGGCAACAGGGAGGUGGCUACAACUGGCAGCAGCCCCAGCCUAAACCCCAGCCCAACAUGCCACACUCCUCCCCGCAAAACCGACCCAAUUACAACGUGAGCUUCUCAUCCACGCCUGGGGGUCAGAGUGAACGUGGGAAAGGAUCCACGAACUUGGAAGGAAAACAAAAAGCAGCUGACUUUGAAGACCUACUUUCUAGUCAAGGUUUCAGUGCACACAAAGACAAAAAGGGACCCCGAACAAUAGCUGAGAUGAGAAAGGAGGAAAUGGCUAAGGAAAUGGAUCCUGAAAAAUUAAAGAUUCUGGAAUGGAUUGAAGGCAAAGAGAGAAAUAUCAGAGCACUUCUGUCCACGAUGCACACUGUGCUGUGGGAAGGGGAGACCAAGUGGAAACCAGUUGGCAUGGCAGACCUGGUGACACCAGAACAGGUGAAGAAGGUAUACAGGAGGGCUGUGUUGGUAGUGCAUCCAGAUAAAGCUACUGGGCAGCCCUAUGAACAAUAUGCAAAGAUGAUUUUCAUGGAGCUCAAUGAUGCCUGGUCUGAAUUUGAAAAUCAAGGCCAAAAGCCCUUAUAUUAAUGUAUGAGCUUUCCCAUCUCUGCUGCAGACCUGUGCUAACGCUUAGUGUGUGUCACAAUUCUGAGGUUGUCACAGAUGAACCAAAAACUCCAGUAACAUGUAUCCAGUACUAACCUGUUAAAUUACUUGUGAAUUAAUUCCUUAUUGAUAAGGAAUGUGGAUAUUUGUUUUCUCAGCCCCCACCAUAAAAGAUCCAAAGCAGGAGAGGAACUUAUAGUCAGAUGACCUUGCACAAUAUUCCAGCCUGCCCUUUGGGGAACCUACUCAGCAUUUUCUGGGGAAAUGGAAAAAUAGAGGCCACAGGAGGCAUAAUAUCCAUCUCAUUGUCUGAGGAUUAAUGAGCAAAAGUUAUGAUAAUAGGAUUACAUGAUGGAUUUUAACUAAUGGUUUUUAGAUUUUCUUGGAAAGAUGUAAUUUGAGUAACAGCUUUAUAUAGAUUCUAGCAACACAACCACCAUUUUUUUUUUAAUGGAAAUUUACUAUGGUCUUAGCAUAAUACUACAUUUCUUUUGGUCAAGAAGAGGAACAGCUGUAAAAGAACUUGACUUGUGUCUUCGAAGAUACUAUACUACAAUGUAAUAGCUUACCACCAACUCUUAUUGGAAAAAUUUAAAAAGUAGUGAAAAUGCUAAUAAGAGAAUAUAAGGUAUAACUAAGGAUAACAGGAAUCUUUAUUCCUAGUCAGAAAGUAGGGCUGCUACCAUACUCUCCCUUUAGAAAAUUGUGAUUUCUUAAAGGAAAUGUUUUUAAUACCAUAACAAUGCUAAACCUGGACUUGAAAGAAACUUUAAUUUUGUUAUGAGGCUUAAUGCUCUUCCUUUUCCUUAGCCAAAAAAGUGUUCUUAGCUGGAAAUAGGUUGUAAUGUGGUUUGGUAGGACUGCUACAUAAUAUGGACUCUAGAUUUGUGUAGCGUCCUCUAGAUUUGUGAGCAGUUGUGGUCAGAGAAGAGAAGAUAGCCCUGAACACUUGUCACCAGCCUGGUAUAGUCACGGUGAGAGUGCUGUGCUCACUGCAGACUGGGUCAGAUGGCUUGGUGGGAUUUGCUUUGAGGGACCAGGUUCCCCUCCCUACCUGGUGAAAGUGGUCUUUUUGGAUUAUUACUUGGGGGCUAUUGCUUUAAAUGUAGGUGGGGGUCCACAGGAAUAGCACUGAUACAGGGAUGUCUAUGAAAGCAAAGCAAGGAUGAAACCUUGGCAGACCUUGUAAUGAUUAGAUUUCAGUCCAGUGUUUUGGCAGUUUCUCACUUUGAAGGAUGAGCAGCUUUUACCCUGUGACCAGUGGACCCCUUUCGGCACAACCGCAGUGUGCCCAGAGUAUAUAGAUAAGGCAGAGGGGCACAGUGAUUUCCACACUAGUCUUAAAAGGGUUCAUGCUCAAUAUUGUGUAAAGCUUUCAAAAGUUGUUUUUAGAAGACAAUCACUUUUGUUUGUAUUUUUUUUGUGUGUGUGUGUGGUAAACUGUACCAGAAAAGCAGCAUGUCAAAAAUACUUUUUUUUCUGUAUAGAACUCGCUUCCAUUUGUUUUUGAUUAUAAAGAUUCAUCAUUUAUUUUACCUUUUACUGACAAUGUAAAACUCGAAGAAAAUGUUUUCUUUUGAAAUAUACAGCUGCAAACUGUUCAAGGUAACCAUAACAAACUAGCUGUUAUUUAUUAACAUAUUAUAAAAUAAUGUUUGAUCCAGUAUGUGCUUGUCUUAUUUAAAAUUGGAAUGUGAGACAUGUUGCUGUGACCUGUUUUUUCUCAUUCAUUCACAUUUGUAGAUAUUGUGUGAACUACAGUAUAUAAUGAUAAUAAUUAUAAAAGGCUAUUAUGUGAAUGUCACGUACAUUUUGAAAUGAUAGAACUAUAUUAGCUUUGUAUCAUGUUUGGAUAAUUCAUAAAUAUUCACAGUUUAAAAGAUCGUUAAACAUAUAAUUAACAGUGAGAAAGAAUCUUACCUAACUUAAAUUUGGGAAUUCCCCCUCCUCUAUUCCGGAUACAUUAAAAUUCUGGACCCCUAUUUAUCUCAAAACUCAACAUGUGCAGACCAACAGGGUUUUGCAUUCCUUUAAAAUAUCUGGUUGUGACAGAGCUUGUUGUUGAUCAGAUUCACUGUUUCAUUCAUAUUUAUUGUAAUAUAUUUUUUGUUUUGUAAAUAUGUUACACACAAAAUGUGAUUGGUCUAAACUAUUUGUAAUGUAUAUUAAAAGGCUCAAAAAUA